CUUCUCCGAGAGGGUGGCGAUCGACAACGUGAGGCGGCAGUCACACGAGCAUUUUUCAGUGCACCGUCGGCGUGUUAGUUUUUUUUUUAUUUUAUUAUCCUUUUUCUUCUCGUUUCCCCAACCCCCAAAAACUGUCUCAAAAACUGUAUCCAUAGAUCGGUGUCCCUCAACAUGAACAAGCUCUACAUCGGCAAUCUACCGGCGGACGUGAACGAAGGAUCUAUCCGAGAACUGUUUCACGAGCAGACCGGCGUCGUCCCAAAAUCCGUACUCCUGAAGAAGGGGGGCUAUGCUUUCGUCGAGUGCUCAGACGACUUGGUGAUUAGCAAGGCCAUCGAAGCCCUGAACGGACACUCUUUCAUGGGAUCCCAACUGCUGGUGGAACCUCAACAGUCGGCACCGCAGAACAGAAGAGGCCGUGGCAACCGAGUGCAUGUGAGCAACAUUCCGGUCCACGUGCAACGGGAAGAGAUCCAUGAUCUUCUUGCUACCUUUGGCACCGUGCAGAAUCUGGAACUACUUCCUCCUUCCAAGCCCGAGAACCAAACCUAUCGAGCUCAAGUAACUUACGAAACUCCCGAACAGGCGCAGCAGGCUGUGGCUCAGCUGAGGGAUUACGAGUACCAAGGCAGCGUGCUGAGGGCAGAGUACGCCAUGGACGUCGUUCGCAACGGAGGCGGCGGCGGCGGUGGUGGCCGCAACAACAUGCGCAUGGGUGGCAACCGGCCCAUGUUCCGGCCCUUCUCAUACACGGGCGGCCAGGGCUCCCCCAUGAGGCAGUCAGACUUCCCCCUCAGGAUCCUUGUGCUAAGUGACAUGGUUGGUGCCAUCAUCGGCCGGGCCGGAGGCACUAUCCGCCAGAUCACCCAGCAGUCAAGGGCAAGGGUGGAUGUUCACCGAAAAGAGAAUGCUGGUUCCCUCGAAAAGGUGAUCACCAUCUACGGCAACCCUGAGAACUGUUCCACGGCUUGCCAGAAGAUCUUGGAGGUGAUGCAACAGGAGGCCAGCAACACCAACAGGGGGGAUGUUCCCCUGAAGAUUUUGGCCCACAACAACCUGAUUGGGCGCAUUAUUGGCAAGAGCGGCAACACCAUCAAACGCAUCAUGGAGCAGACGGACACGAAGAUCACCGUGUCCAGUCUGCACGAUGGCAGCGCCCUUCAUUUGGAGCGUGUGAUCACCAUCAAGGGCAAGCCAGAAGGCGUGUGCCGUGCGGAGCAGUUGGUGAGCGCCAAGCUGCGCCAGUCGUACGAGAGCGACUUGGCGGCGUUGGCGCCACAGAGCCUCAUGUUCCCCGGGCUGCACCCGAUGGCCAUGAUGUCGGCCUACCCACCACCCCCGCCCCCGCAUGGACCCCCCGCACGGCCGCCCCACUACCGGGGUGGAGGCGGAGGCGGCCCCUACCCGCACCCGCCCGCCGUUGGAGGGGGCUACAUGGGAGGAGCCGUACACGGUCCCAUGGGGGGUUACAUGUCUCCCAGCCACGGUGGGGUGGAGAGGGAGCUGGUCUGCCUGUACAUCCCAAACACUGCCGUGGGCGCCAUCAUCGGCACGGGUGGAAGCAGCAUCAGAGACAUGAUCAUGCUCUCGGGGGCCUCCAUCAAGGUUGCUCAACCGAACAAGGACGACCCUGCUGAUGCUCACGAGAGAAAGGUCACGAUUGUUGGAACUCCUGAGUGCCAGUGGAGGGCACAAAGCAUGAUCUUCAACAAAGUUUGCUACGAAGGCUGUAUGGGCAAUCCAGAUGGCACCUUGAGGGUAGAGAUUUUCGUACCUUCCAACCAGGUUGGCCGCAUCAUUGGCAAAGGUGGACAAACGGUCCGGGAGCUUCAGCGGCUGACCCGUGCACUCAUCAAGCUGCCCGAAGAGAGCCAGAACGCCAACACUGAGGAGACGCCAGUGCAUAUUCUGGGCGACUUCUUCAGCACCCAUGCUGCCCAGCGCCAGAUCCGGGCCUUGGUGAACCGCAACCAGAUGGUCGGUGGCCAGGGUACCUACCCCAUGCACCCACGGAUGGGACCACGCAGGGCCGGCGGCAACAACAGCAAUAGGCAACAGCAGCAACAGCAGCAGCCUUCGCCGCCAUCGUCGUCCUCUUCCUCGCAGCCGCAGCAGCCUGCUAGCUCGCCCACAACGAGCAACUGAGGCACCUGCCUGAGCUGAUUGGGUGGCUGUCUCUCCCGCAAUGUUGUUUUUCUUGUGGCCACACUCCCUCGCACCACUGCAGUGAGGAUAUUGAACGGGAUGUUUCUUAGUGCACCAUUUUUUUCUUUAGUGCUGCUGUUCCCUACAGAUUCCUAAGGAUUCCUGCAGGACAUGUUCGAAAUACUGCUGCUUAUUGGGACUAAGGUGGGGCUUUGAAAAAGCUUUCAAGUUUAACGUCUGUGCACAAUUGCACUUUCUCUGUUGAUGUACUUAGUACCUUACAGGGAUGUCGUGCUUUGAAAGUAUUCCUCAGUUUUUUGGUUUUUUUUUUUCAUUUUCUGAGAGAAACCUGUUACUGACACUUAAUAUCUGGCACACAACUGUUUGGCAUGAAUGCACUGACAUUAUGAAGCCAAUGCAAUGAAAGCCACAUGCACAAUAUAUAUUUCACUUUUGCACAAGUUCAGGCACCAAGUUUAAUGGGAAGCGAGCCUGCUGCUGCCGUAGUAUGGUUUGGGUUAAAAGUCUUGCUCUGUCGUGUCUCGAUGGGGUGAUUGAUAACAUCGAUUCGUUUCGGAGGUGUGUGCAUACUAACACUUCUCAAAGUGCCCGGAUUUAGCUGGCCCUCUAUUGUCUUUUGGAAGUGAGGCCCAGGCAUCACCAAAGAUGGUCAAUUUUAGCAUUGUAAAUAGAAUGCGUGGGUUGGUGUAAGGAGGACUAAAAAAUGAGCACAUUUUUGUUAAAUCUUUUUUUUUUUUUUUUUUCCUUGUAGUGGUGUGUUGGGAGUGUUGGUCACAAGAAAAAAAAGUUAUCGAGGGAGUGGGUGGCAGGGAGCAGGGCAGUUGAUGAUGUUGUUGAUCUUGUUCUUCAUCAACAUGUCACAUUUUUUUUUCUUCUCUCUCUCUCUCUAGGAAACAAACAAAUGUUGUAGAAAGUGGGUUUGAGCGACACAAAGGUGCAAGUGUGGAAGAGAGAGAGUGCUCCUCCACGGGGGAGAGUAAUGAGGGAGGGAGUGUGUGGAGGAGGAGUGUGCAUUGUGUAUAUAAUCCUACGCAUGGGUGCAGGGAGGAGGAAGGGAACCCUCUGACACUUUGUUCUACACCAGACGGGCACUGGUGUAAGAGGAGGAGGGGACGUAAGCCUAUCGUUUCAUGGUUUGCCAGCAGCAUCGAGCCACCGGGCUGCGACCAUCUUUUGGGCAACUGAGUCAGUUGUCAUUUUAGACUGAUACGAGAUAUUUUUGUGCAACGGUUUGAGCUCAAGCUUGCAUGCCGUAUGGGCGCCCCUGGAUCACAUCUCUAAAGAGCACGUGGAUGGUGUUCUGUUUGGAGCAAGACGCACUGUGGCGUUGCGUUCUCGGCUUCAGACAACAUUCUGGAAAGCUGGGAGCAGAGCACAUUGCGUGGCAGUGUCUGUGUUGCGACAGAGUUGCUGAGCUAAGGGUACUUGCAAAUGACGGUUGCUUUUGCAACUUGGCAGAGCACCACACGUGUGCUCUAGAUAAAGGUGAUUAGAGUUUGGCAUUGGUUUAAGCUGCCAGCAAUGGUUGCGACGGUGACGGCCUCGUUGUUUUUGGAGGAUGCGAAGCUGACUCCUAAAAGCGGCAAGACGUGGAGGGCACCCUUUCUCCCCCUCCUCACCUUGGGUGCAGGGGCGAAGGCAGCAAUUCUUUCGGUUGCCGGGACUGAAAAAAGAAAAAACGAAAUGGUGCGUUUUUUUUCACACAUGUGCAGCUUCGUGUGGCAUAUGGCACAUGUGUUUGUAAAAAAAAAAAAGAAGAAACGCGCGAGUAAUUUGUACAACUUUUGGUCACGGCGGGCGGCGCUCAUGACGAAAACAGCAGCUGUAUUAGCCGGCGGAGCCGGCCGAACUUUUGUAGUCGGUGUUGCGAGUCUGCCGCUCUUGCUGAGCAGAGGGGGGCGUUUCGAUGGAGGCUAGAAACACGUGUCGUGUUUUGUGUUUCCGCCCCUCCCAUUUUUUAUUGUAUAAAUGUUACGCGACGAACGAGAGCUUUUAUUUUUGAUACUUGUUGGAGAAACUUUUUUUUUUUCGUGUGCGUGUGUGAGUGCGUGCGUGUGCGAUGUGUGGGUGGGUGUCCCAUGACAAAGUGGCGCCUUUUGCCACGACACCCUUUUUUUUUUUGGAUGCUCGAUGACCUGAUGUGAUGCGAGGCAUUGCGUGUUGGAUGGAAAGGAAAAAAAAAAAAGAAAGGCAUAACGUCUGUCAGAGAGAUAAACAAAGCAAAAAAAAAAGUUACCAAGUUGUUCGGAUAGUUCAACGCUGAUGAUUUCGCGUGUACGCCUGCAUUGCCAAGCAGCCAAUUUCUUACACCUCUGCUGUACCUCCUUGGAAGGGUUAUGGCUCUGAAAUGACCUGCGAGGAAAUGUUGCGGCCUUCACUGGCAUGUCUGUGUGUACAACUUGUGAAAGACACAAAGGAAAAAGAAAAAAAAAGACACGAGCAAGACUUGUUAUUGGUUGGUUUUUGUGCCAAGUUUCUCCAAUAAGUUCAGUUGUUUCCCACCCCCUUUCCCUCUUGCAAGCAGUUAUUACCGUUGAAGCUGGCAUCACAACUGCAUUGCCGUCACACACCGAUAAAAUUUGCGAGGGGAGCCACGAGCCACUGGAAGAAAAAGAAAAGCUCUCGUUCCCUGCAGCUUGGGAUGUAUCUAGAAGAAGAAGAAAAAAAGUGUUGGCCUCCUUGCACGGUUAGGCAGCACAUGGAUGUUCUUUUUUCUUUUUUUUGUAGCUGCAGUGAAGUCUAGAAUUAAAUUGAUACGCUAAGCACUACAGUGAAGAUGUAUGUGACGCCUGCUCGCUUCCAGCAGCAGGGUCUGAGAAAGGCAUUUUGCAAAAACUUGCCACGUAUACUUUUACAAUAGCAGCUGAUAGUCUUCUGCUGGCUUUUCGCGAGGGUGGGGCUUCAAAAAAGUGUUGCAUUCAAAACUCCAUUCCCACAGCAAUGUCGAAAGCCGGUCCUCUUUUUUUUUUUUUUUCGCCAACAUGCACCAGUUUCAUUCCGACGACGCCCCUCCCUCAGAAUUACAGGCUACGGAAUCUUUCUCUCAAGACUGUGCUCUCUCUCUCUCUGCGAGGAUGUCUUCAGAUGAUGCCCGAUUUAACAUUUGUUCCUUUUUGAAUAUACUGGUUUAGGGAGCACAGCAGACUCUCCACUCCUCCAAAGGAGUUCUCUUCAUGCGACUGCGCUCUUCUUUGACGAUGGCUACCUCACUCGUACGUUACAGGAACGGGGAGCUACUCUCCUAUCCCGGGGAACCCAACAGUUUUUAAACAAUACCAUGACCGAGACCGCAGAAGAAGGCCGACAGUGACACAUGCGUGACAGACCACUACAGGAUGGAACAAGUAGCUGCCUCAUGGUAGCGAUUCUAGCACCAAACUGUCGUUUCCUUCUGUCGAGUGUCUCCAACCAAACUGCGCUGGCAUCCACUUCAAAUACUAGUGCGCCAGGGGUGCAGCGAGCCAACCUGACAGACAGCAACCAAGUUGCUUUGUUUUACCAUCCCAUUUACUCAGCACUGCGUUCCCCCCCUCUUAUUGCCACGGCAUGAGGAAGACCUUUUAUUUCUUGCAGAGAGAUAAUUUUAGGCGAGUGCAGUAACGAUGGCAACUCUGCUGCGAGGUGUUUUUCCAACUUGAUGCAUGUGUAUUUCAAACGCCAUGGCUUCGCCACGUCUCAAGUUUUGGCCUAUUUUUUUUCACUUCCCGCACGUGCGAGCGAGCUUUUUGAAAUUCCAAGGUCCUGCUUUGCUCAAAGGGUUUUCGCACGGUCGUUCAGCCUAUGAAAACUUGAGCUUUGGCAAAGAUAACUGGAACGUUGGCAACCCACAGUGGCUAUCUAGAAAAAAAAACUACUUUGACAUGACAAAUCACAGACUUCGGAACUGACAAAUGGCCAACUUCAGAACUGAUUAAUUACAGACUUCAGGACUGACGAAUGACCUAUUUCAAGAACAGAUUGAAUGUCCCUUCGGUUUCUGGACAUGGGACUUCUUGUUUGCCUUUUUCUGCUUUCCUUCUACAUGGCGUUCCUUGGUGUUCGCUGACGUAGGAAAGCUUCAUAAAUGCAUUACUUCAUGCAGUCGGCAUUCUCGUUGCACUUUUUUUUUUCCCCUUGUAGAUGUUUGGUAUUUGGUUCCAUGUCUUAUUACUAGAUGCUGUAAACAUGGAUCUCAGAGACAGGCUCUCCUCUAGGCUUGCAUAUGAGCAAACAAAAGAGUUGCCUGUAGUGUUUUUGAACAGGUUUUAUUUUUUUUUGUUUCCCUCGAUGGUGUCCUAUUCACCAAAGCACCUUUUCUUUAGUGGUUUUCUAUCCCCUAGAAUUUGCUUGACCAGCUGCUGCUGCUGCUGCUGCUGCUGAAUUGCGCGACUUGAUGUUCUGGCACAGCACAUCCACUGCUUAUGGCAAACUAGGUAACUCCUGUUUGUGCUUUUCUUGGUUUUUAGGGUAGAGUUUGAUCCUGUAAUUGUUGAACCUUUCGCUUGAGUUUUUGUUGGCCCCCAGUGCUUCUUGGGUUUUUGGCUGAGAUGCAGCUCAUUGCUUGUGCAGAGCUCUUCUUUACGAAUGUCCCCGUUUUAUUGCUAUUUUCAUUGUUUUCUGCCUCAAUGGCAUCCAUAUUUUUCUAGUAGGCAGUUUUAUUCUUUCCUUUGGCUCUCAUCUACAGUUUGCUGCUUCUUGUCCAUUCAGUAUGCCCUGCUGUUGCUUUCAGCUCGCCAGAGCUGCAAUUGCAGGCGAUUGGUGUCAAGCCUACCAGGCUGUAUUUUUGCGCAAGAUUUUUCCUCAACCUUUCUUGUUACCUGGCAGCUGCCAGCAAAUGACUGUUAUUUAGUUACCGGGAACUCUUUCGGCUGCCACAAAGUGCAGACAUGCCAAGAGUUUUCCUUUUUUUUCUGUGUGUUUCACUACCUAACCAGUCCGUUUGUCGGUGGGAUUUUUCGCUAGGCAGGGCAUUGUAGCAGUAACGUUGCACGUAAAAGUAGGCAUCUUAUCUAGCAUUUGCAGGUAUUUUCUUUCUUAAAUCUUGCACCACAGUAGUGUUGUCAGCUUUGCUAACAUUGUCAGAUUGUGGACGUUUUAUGAUGUUACUGGUAUUCCCAUCUGUAGCAGCAGACUGCUUUCCCUCAGCGCUUGGUUUGCUAUGCUGAACCACCGUGUCUUAGUAGCCGCCAUAGUGAUUGCUGUAACACUGUUCUUUCUAUUUGUGUCCGUUGUGCGCUCAAUAUUGCGCUGGUAUAAUUUGUGUACCGAGAAACCCUCGUAAUUAUUUUGCAUCUUGGUUCUUGCAAUCUUUUUUUUCCCUCUAUAAUGUAACUGUUUGAGACUUACUACCAGAUUGUAUUAUGUAUCAGAGUGCAGUGCAGCGCAGUUUGUUGAUUGUCUCACGCCAGAUGAUGUGCUUGUUUUCACAGCUGUUGUGUGCCAAGGUGUACACGCGAUCUUUUGCUUCGGUGUGGAAGACCGCGGAGCCAGGAAAACAUUAAUGUGCUCGUAGCCACUUUUACUACCACCGAACUGUAAUACAGCACCGUCAUUGUCAAGAUGGACACGCGAGCUUGCACCUGUGGCUGGCCGCUUGGCGUUUGAUGAAAAUUGCCGACUGUCUUUUUUUUUUCAUGUGAACCUCAGCCUUAUUUAGCUCCCCUUUUUGUUUCAAUAGUGUGUGCUUAAAGUAUGGCAGUAGAAAAGUUUGUAUCUGUUGGCAUAAUUACUGGAUUGGCUGAUGUUUCUGUGCAACCGUGUUUAUUUCCCCUCUCUCGAAGUGAAUUUGUAUGAGAGUCUGGAUGCAAUACAGGUCUUUUUUUUU